AUGGUUCUCCAGCCGCCGCACUCCGAGGAAAAGCUCCCGCUACACAAACACGCCGAGUCUACGGGUCAUGCUCUCCCCGACCAACAUGCUCCUCGACGACCUUUCUUCGUGAGAAGGGUCAUCCCAGCCAUCCUCACGAUACUGGUGAUUUUCUCCCUCUUCCGCACCACAUUCGUCUGCCACCACCACUAUGACCCAACCUUAUCCCAAGGAUCAUCAGACAUCGUGGAGAAUGGGGAAUCAAGAGACAAAGUCGCGCUGGAAAUACAUGUCAUGUCCAAAUGUCCAGAUGCACGGGAUUGCCUGCGUGAGCUGAUAGUGCCCACGAUGAUCCAAGUGAAUGAAAAGGUCAAUUUAACAAUGUCAUUCAUUGGAAGUAUCGAUCCUCACUCCGACGCGGUUUCAUGUAAACAUGGACCAGGCGAGUGCUUGGGCAACAUUAUCCUCCUUUGCGCAGCUAAAGUCUAUCCCGAAGUCAAACUCUGGCUCGGAUUUGCGAACUGCAUGAUCUCCGAGUACCCAGAUAUCCCAAAACGAGACCUUGUCCAGAGCUGUGCCAUGGAACAUGGUCUCGACUUCCAACUGCUCAAUUCAUGCAUCAGUGACGAGGGAGAAGGGAUCGAUCUGCUUCGAGCCAGCAUCGAAAGGAGUCAAGAGAACAAUGUGACAAAGAGUUGCACAGUCAGGCUCGCAGACAAGGUUCGAUGCAUCCGCGAUGGGGGAAAGUGGUACGAUUGUCCAGGAGGCAGUUCCGUGGACGCUCUUGUUCGUGAUAUCAACAACUUGUAUGGCUAG